UAUUUAUUAAUCGAUAAAAAGUUUUCCAAGAUUCCGCGGGAGGCUUUUGACGUCCAUUAGUAUGACAUGCCAUAUAUAUAUAGUUGAAGAGGGCAGGCCAGAUCACAUUGUGGAAGCGAGUCAUCACUUGUCAAAAACCUUAGCCCGACGUUCAGUAUUUACGUUUUGCUCUUCGUCCAUAUCUUCCACUAUACAUAUCUUCUUCUGGGUUCUUAAUUUUUUUAAAGUUCCGAAGCCUGAAUCUUUUCUCCAUUCUCAUGAUCAUCAACGUAAAUUCUUCUUGACUUUUAUAUAUAGCAUCUUGUAAAUUCACAUUCUUCAGGUUUGGCAGUUGCUGGAUCUUUGGGUACCAUUCUCAAAGCUGUUUUCUCGGAAAUAGUCAUCCAAGCUUUUUGAAUAUUUUUAAGGAAGUUUGUGACCGGAUAUUUUAAGGGGUCGUUAGAAUUGGAGAAAAUGGAGCAGAAGCACUUGUUGUUUUCGGCUUUGAGCGUUGGGGUGGGACUUGGGGUGGGGCUGGGCUUGAGUUCUGGACAGAGAGUGAGCAAAUGGGUAGGCGGGAAUGGGUCGCCGGACGAGAUUUCAGCGGGGCAGAUUGAGCAAGAGCUUCUGAGGCAGAUGGUGGAUGGAAAAGAUAGCGAAGUCACAUUUGAUGACUUUCCUUAUUACCUAAGCGAGAGAACUCAGGUGUUAUUGACAAGUGCUGCAUAUGUUCAUUUGAACCACACAGACCUUUCCAAGCAUACCCGGAACCUUUCACCUGCAAGCAGGGCUAUUUUGCUCUCAGGAGCUGCCGAACUCUACCAGCAAAUGCUCGCUAAGGCUUUAGCACAUUACUUUAAGUCAAAGUUGCUGCUGCUUGAUGUCAAUGACUUUUCUCUGAAGAUGCAGAGCAAAUAUGGUUGUGCUAAAAAAGAAUCUUCGCUCGAGAGGUCCAUUUCAGAAGUAACAUUGGAGCGAAUGUCCAGUUUGUUUGGUUCCUUUUCAAUCCUUCCUUCAAAGGGGGAAACUAAAGGUACAUUGUAUCAGCAAAGCAGUGCUAUGGAUAUGAAAUCAAGAGAUGUUGAAGGGUCUUCUAAUCCUUCAAAACAUAGGAGGAAUUCCUCUGCUAUGUCGGAUAUUAGUAGCAUCAGUUCUCAGUGUGCUACAACAAAUCCAGCUCCACUCAAGCACAUGAGCAGCUGGUGCUUUGAUGAGAAGCUUUUCCUAGAGUCACUUUACAAGGUGUUGGUCUCAAUAUCAGAAACUGGUUCCGUUAUUUUAUACCUCAGGGACAUUGAACAGCUUCUCCUCCAAUCACAAAGAUUAUACAAUUUGUUCAACAAAAUGUUAAAGAAACUCUCGGGUUCUGUGCUGAUACUUGGUUCCCGAAUGUUGGACCCAAAAGAUGAUUGCAGCGGAGUGGAUGAGAGGCUCUCAUUUUUAUUCCCAUACAAUAUUGAGAUCACACCCCCUGAAGAUGAGACUCAUCUUGUCAGCUGGAAAACCCAACUGGAACAUGACAUGAGGAUGAUCCAGUUUCAAGAUAACAAAAACCACAUUGCUCAGGUCCUGGCAGCAAAUGAUCUUGAAUGUGAUGAUUUGGGUUCAAUCUGCCAUGCUGACACAAUGGUUCUCGGUAGCUACAUAGAAGAAAUUGUGGUAUCAGCAAUAUCUUAUCAUUUGAUGAAUAACAAAGAUCCAGAUUAUCGAAAUGGAAAGCUUGUUAUAUCAUCUAAAAGCUUGUCCCAUGGACUGAGUAUAUUCCAGGAAGGCAAAAGUGGUGGGAAAGAUACUCUCAAAGUUGAGAAUAAUGUUGAAUCUUCAGAGGAAACUGAAGUGGAACAGGGAGUUAGCCCAAAGAUUGACUCAAAGUCUGAAAUUCCUACGCCUGAGAAUGAAAGUGAGACGGAGAAAUCUGUCCCUGUGAUGAAGAAAGAUGGAGAGAAUUCACCACCUUCAAAGCAUGAAGUUCCUCCUGACAAUGAGUUUGAGAAGCGUAUAAGGCAAGAGGUUAUCCCUGCCAAUGAGAUUGGAGUGACGUUUGCAGAUAUCGGUGCCUUAGAUGAGAUCAAAGAAUCACUUCAGGAGUUGGUCAUGCUCCCUCUUCGAAGACCAGACCUUUUCAAAGGAGGCCUUCUCAAACCUUGCAGAGGUAUAUUGCUUUUUGGGCCUCCUGGUACUGGGAAAACAAUGCUGGCAAAAGCUAUUGCUAAUGAAGCGGGAGCAAGUUUCAUCAAUGUCUCAAUGUCAACUAUCACUUCAAAAUGGUUUGGGGAGGAUGAAAAGAAUGUUCGAGCUCUGUUCACACUUGCAGCAAAGGUAUCCCCUACAAUUGUUUUCAUAGAUGAGGUAGAUAGCAUGCUUGGGCAGCGGAGUAGAUCUGGAGAGCAUGAGGCCAUGCGUAAGAUUAAGAAUGAGUUCAUGAUGCACUGGGAUGGGCUGUUGACAAAACCUGGUGAACGGAUCCUUGUUCUUGCUGCGACCAACAGGCCGUUUGACCUUGAUGAAGCAAUUAUUAGGCGGUUUGAGCGAAGAAUUAUGGUUGGUCUUCCAACCACUGAGAGCAGGGAAAUGAUCCUGCGAACUCUUCUGGCAAAAGAGAAGGUUGAAAAUCUAGACUUUAAGGAGUUGGCAGCCAUGACAGAAGGAUACAGUGGAAGUGAUCUAAAGAAUUUGUGCGUAACAGCAGCCUAUCGACCUGUUAGAGAGUUGAUACAACAGGAGAGAUUGAAGGAUAUGAAGCAUAAAGAUGCAGAAGGCAAGACCUCAGAAGGUACUUCAGAGACAAAAGAAGAAGAUGAAGAGGACCAUAUAAUUACCUUGAGGCCUUUGAACAUGGAAGAUAUGAGGCAGGCAAAGAAUCAGGUUGCUGCAAGUUUUGCUUCAGAGGGAUCCAUUAUGAGUGAGCUGAAGCAGUGGAACGACCUGAAUGGGGAAGGAGGUUCCAGGAAGAAGCAACAACUUACUUACUUUCUAUAGAUUUUGGAAAGCAGGUGCCCAUAUGCUCAUCAGCGCCAUUCUUGGUGAAAGGAUGUACAAGUUAGGGGAAAGCUGGAAAGCCCUUCGACUGAAGUUCAAUAUUGCAUUGAACACAAGCUCUAAAUUCCCAAGAAAGAUAUGCUGAACAUUCCAUGAAAGUUUAUUUCAAGGUGCAAUGUCAUAUUAUUUGUACAUCAAGUUUAAGAGAGGAUUCUAGGCAUCUGUUAGGUCAUUCUAUAGAAGUAUUUGGCACCGGUCUUUGGGAUUUGAAUCAUAUUCUGUGAAUGUUUGGUAUUUGGAAAUUCAUAUAGAUUCAGGGGAAGUGAGAAGAACUUGUAUUGA